AUGCCAGGUACCGUCUCACUCCAACCCACUGCAAUCCCAAUUAUCGACUUUGCAUGCUUCGGGGAUGGUACUUCCCCAGAAGCGACAGAGAUAGGAAAGCAAUUAGUGAAAGCGUGUCGAGAAGUCGGAUUUGCAUACUUUCGCAACACUGGUAUACCUCAGGCGGAGGUGGAUUGUAUGUUUGAAUGGAGCAGUAGGUUAUUCUCGCUUCCAAUCGAAACAAAAUUAUUGGCUCCGCAUCCUAAAGAGGGAUGGAAACACCGGGGAUAUAGCGGGGUUGGUAGGGAGCAAAUUUCACAAAUGGUGUUCGACCCAACGCAGCUCGCCGAGAUACGGAAACAAACUCCUGAUCACAAAGAAUCGUUUGAUAUUGGACGCAAUGAUUGCUCACACAUGUCCAAUGUGUGGCUCCCGGAGGAAGUCCUUCCGGGCUUCAAAGACGCAGCAUCUGCUUUCUUUGAUACAUGCCGUCGCUUUGAGAUCGAGAAGUUGCUACCUGCAUUAUCUCUAGGACUCGAGCUCCCUGGCGGAGGCAAAUUCCUGGAAAAAUACCACCAACAAGCAGAGAAUCAGCUGCGAUUAUUGCAUUAUCCAGCUGUGCCUGCAGAGGUAUUCGCACGCGGUGAGAAAGGAAGAAUCGGUGCACACACGGAUUAUGCAAUGGGCACGAUUUUGUUUCAAGAUGAUGUUGGGGGACUUGAAGUUGAGAGCCCUCAUGGUUCAGGAAAUUUCGUUGCUGUGUCACCCAUUCCGGGCACUGUUGUUUUCAAUAUAGGAGACUUUUUGAUGCGGUGGUCAAACGAUACCCUUAAAUCAACAUUGCACCGCGUGCGUGCGCCCCCGAAUGAUGGAAAGUUAGAAAUGAUCAAGGAGCGCUUCUCGAUCCCAUAUUUUAUGUCUUCUGACAGAGAUAUUUUGAUUGACUGCCUCCCUGGCUGUUGGGACGAAGACAGGCCGAAGAAGUACGAGCCUGUGACAGCAGGGGCGUAUAUUGACAUGCGGCUUGAUGCUACGUAUUAAUGAUUUACCGACAUGGCAUGAUUCUGUUUGAAUGUUGAAUGGAUGGUGAAGAUCUUUCCUGGACCUUUUACUUCUUGUUCCGAUUUCGCCAUAACGUCUGUACCUUCUGAUGUCAUUCGUUGGUCAUCUCGGUCAUGAUUUCAAAAUGCUGGUGCGCUGCAAUAACCCAAUUUGCUCUGCCACGUUAAUAUCAUUAGAUAUUCAUAUCACCGAUCGAUACAUGGGCGCAUUACUCCCCAGACCUCAAUUUAAUUGGCUACACUACUGCGCAUUGCAUAUAGCGGGAGCCUCAUCAGUUUGUGAAACAGGUGGGCUUUACAAGAUGAAACAUUUAUAUUGAGAUAGUACCUUGUACUCGAAAAUACUAAAGCCACCAUCGCAAACGUAGCAGUGGUAUUUCCAACCAAAUCGCGCACCAGUGGC